CCCUCGCAUCGCAUCUCUUCACCUGAACGGUUCGUUUCUUUUGUUGGCAGGCAGGGAACGCUCGGUCUGAUCUAGCUGCUAUAUACUCUACAAUGCUUCGGAAAACGAAGUGGGCGUUGUGCCUUGUCGCAUGCCUGCUAAUUGCGAAUGUCUACGCCGGUGGCGGGGAAAGCUGCCCAGAUGGCACGACACAGUACGGCGACAAGUGCUGUGAAAAUGGCAAGUGCUGUCACGCUUCGGUGAACUCCAAACGGUGUUCGGCGAUAUGUUGUGAAAGUGGUGUCAUUGUUACCAACGUUAACCUCGAUACCAAUAAUCCUAAUUGUGCGGGAUGGUCAAACCCCCACGAUAAUUAUGGCACGGAGACCUGCACUUCGCCGGGCUCCACUUUUUGCCAGUAUUCGGGCCGUGAAACCGGCAAUUGCAAAGGAUCACAGUGCGGAAUCGCAGGAACUAUCAAUUACCGGGAGACGUGGAAAGAUUCGCAGUGCACCUAUCACGAGACGAACUCUGACAUCUCGUGUAAAUCGGUCAACGAGUUGACAGCAUCCACUACUACCAUCAGUCCACCAAGAAACCAUGAACCGGUUGGACCGGAGGUGCUCGUCGUGAGCGGGUGCUCUGGCGCCGGAUGUGCCAACGGACAGUGCAACUGCAACGGUGUAAACAACUGGAGAGCUGCUGCCACGUGGGGAUGUGCCCCGCUUGGAGCGCCCAUUGUCAAAUACCUCUCGCAGCAGUGGAAUUUGCAGAAUGUGUGGCAACCUGCAGUCACGCUUUCGUGGCGUGAGUACCCGCUGGGUUUUGACGACGUCCAGUAUACAAACAACUUAGUCAGACCAAACCCAUCAUCUUCUGCUUGGCCAACAACAACCAGAACGUUCUACAUCGUUAAUAGUAAGUGAAAGUCCUUGAACCAGUGUCACAAAGCCCGACUCUGACUCAUGUUCUGCGAUCGUCACCGCCAUCCCUCUCCAUACCACUAGAUGGAGUAUCCUUGAAGCUCGACGAGCAGCCGACGGUCAAGUGCGACCCCGCGCUCGUAACCGUAACCGAGGCAAACUUCUUCGGCAACAUCCU